AUGGGACGCAACAAGAAGGGAAAGGCUAGCGACACACACGAGGCAGCAGCAACUGCAGAGAUGGAGAAUGCGUCUUUUGAGCAGGAGGUGCCAGACGACAGUCCGGCUAGUCACACCGAAAGUGACUCCUCCGUCGUGGAGGAGCAGCCGGCACCGAAGAAGAAGGCAUACCACGGCAAUAAACUGAACCGUGGUGCCGGCGGCAAAGCCAAGAAAGAGGAACCGGUGCGUGAGCCACACCCACAGACGGCAACUGCAGAGACGAACGGUGCUGCAACGCCCGGGGAGGAGCAGGAUGAGGGAGAUGCGGUGAGUGGUGCGGCGGAGCAGCUGGAGGACGGCGCCGCUGUUGCGCGGCACGAGCCCGUGGAAGUGCUCUACUGCCCUAUCUGCACGUUUCCCGCGGAGAUGUGCGAGUACAGCGGGAUGUACGAGCAGUGCCGCCCGUGGCUGCUCGAGCACGCGAAGGAGCUCGCGGAGGCGGAGGAGCGGGGCCGCAAACGGCGCGCGCUGACGGAGCGGGAUCGGCUU